AUGGUGGGUUUUGGGAAGCAGAUUCGUCGAGCGAAACGAGAUUCGUGGGAUGCAGCAUAUCUCGAUUACGAUCGAUUGAAGGCUAUCAUAAAAGAUGCGGAGAAUACGCUUCUCAUGGAUGAGAAUGAGCAGCUCUUAGAAGCAGAAGACGCACCUCUGACCUCUACACCAACAACUUAUCAGAACUUAUCGAAAUCUGACCGCUUGAAGUGGCUAAAGGGAUCAUUUUUCCGAGAGCUCACUCUUGAGGUGGAAAAGAUCUCCUUAUUCACCUUGCAACAACAAGGAAAACUCGCUGAUGAAGUUGGCGCAAUAAGAUUCGAAUCUACACACUUAUUUCAAAAUAGCAACUCGGCCUUGUUGAGAAAUGCAGCGAUAAAGAACCACAAAUUGUAUCGGCAUCUUGCCGUCGGCACGGAGUUCCUGCAUUUGCUCAGAUUCAUAUGUCUGAAUUCAAUUGGCACAAGAAAGAUUCUUAAGAAAUACAACAAAACAAUGGAACGAAAGAAUGAGACUCACUCAUAUGUCAUUGAAGAAAACCACCUUCAACAACUGUCACUUUCCAGAAGCAUUAUUGCUAUUCAAAACUCUUUGCAGCUUGAGUUCAACCAAUUUUACUUUGACCUGCUCCAGGCUCCUACUAUCGACAACGAAGUUGCAAUUCAGAUUGUUCGAUUGAAAAACAUUAUUGAUUGCGCACAAAGCAUCCAACGCUACGCAGAAAUCAUGCAGCAGCCCUUUAUGAACUUUCUAUCACAAUCAUCCAUGAUUGGAACUACAGUCAACUUUGGUGGAAUGGAUCGUGCCAGCAAUG